CUGGAUUGCGUUGUGAUUGACGAAAGUGAGAAACGCAUAAGAAGAUGGAGAUAGGAGUAAUGUGCUGUGAUGUGAGGAUGAAAUAGGGAGAAAGAGACAAGAUGCAGUCUUAUUUUUGCGCCAUGGACAACGAAUUAUAAGUGAAGUGUGUUUUGUAGUGCAAACGGAAAUAACAGUAGCAGAUUUAGUAAGCGGACGCUGAAAGAUAUAUUUAUUAUGCGCGAGAAAAACAAGGGAUUGUGUUAUGGCAGUGGAGCCAAGACCAGCUACUCAACAAAAGCAGUAUGAUUAUUUGUUAAAAUUUUUAUUAGUAGGUGACAGUGACGUAGGUAAACAAGAAAUACUGAGUGGUCUAGAGGAUGGAUCCUCGGAAUCGCCGUUCUGUAGUGGAAGUGCAUAUAAGACCACCACUAUACUCCUUGAUGGAAAAAGAGUUAAACUACAGCUAUGGGACACUUCAGGACAGGGCCGAUUUUGUACUAUCAUCAGGUCGUAUUCCAGAGGUGCCCAGGGUAUACUCCUAGUCUAUGACAUCACGAACAAGUGGUCAUUUGAUGGAAUUGACAGAUGGUUGAAGGAAGUAGAGGAGCAUGCUCCAGGUGUUCCAAAAGUACUUGUUGGCAACAGGCUUCACCUGGAAUUUAAAAGACAAGUGGAUGCAAGGGAUGCAGAAGCUUAUGCAGCAAAAAACCGAAUGGCAUUUUUUGAAGUUAGUCCACUUUGUGAUUUCAACAUUCGUGAAAGUUUCAGUGAGCUUUCUCGAAUGGCUUUGCACCGUAAUGGGAUGGAGAGACUGUGGCGAUCAAAUAAAGUUCUAAGCUUACAGGAGCUAUGCUGCCGUGCUAUAGUGGCUCGAACGACUGUUUACAGCAUUGAUCAGCUCCCACUUCCAACAUCUGUCAAAUCACAUCUGAAGUCUUAUGCUAUGACAACUUACACAACAACAUCAAUGCAACAUCGAUACUUGUUAAAUCACAGAAGCUUAGGAGGCAGCAAGGGUGUUAUUUCAUCCCAUCACAAAAAACUAAAGUUUGUGGUUGGCACUUCUCCAGGAAUAGCUUCUCCUUCCUCAUCAAUGGGCUCUCCGCCAGGAGUUGACUCAACACGAACAAGUUGUACAGGGCGCAACUCUUGUAUAAUUUCAUAAAAUGCUCCCAGUCUGUGAACAUUGUAUGUGGAAGUGUGCUACAACUUGUAAAUAGUCCUUUUAUACUGUGUAUGUGAUUGUGUUGAAUGUGGAGUAGUAAUUUCAGUGUACCCACUAUUUUAUAAUGUAUACAUUCAGAAUAUUGAAAGAUUUUGAUAGAUUUUACCAUCUGCCUUAUUGAUUUAUUAUUUUUGAAUGUAAACAUGUUUUAGUAAGUGGUAACUGUCUCCAUUAAAUGAAGUGUGACUACUGAAAAGAAAAAUCUGUAAGAUAUGUUUUGGAAAUUUUAUCCUUUGAACUGAUUUUUACGUCUCCACUGAUAGUAUCGUCUCUUAUGGUUAUUUCAUCAAGUAAGAAAUUCUGCAAAUGCCCUUCUUGGACCAAGUAAAAGUUGAUUAUUAAUAUUGAUAUGGCAUUCUUUUUAACAAAAAUGUGACAUGAGGGAGUAUGUUUUGUAACUACUACUUUUCCAGAGACAUCUUGCUUAUAAGGAACUAUUUAACUGAAAGUAUAGUAUUGAAUGUAAGUGCAGUUUUGAGUGAUCAUUUUGUGAUGAGACUGUGAAAGUUUCUUAGAAUUUCCUCUUUUAAAAUCCAUCCAUGUAACAGUUUUUGCAUUUGUAUAUUUGAGCACUACCGUCCAUUGCUGUGUUAACUACCAUAUUAGUUGUAGAAAUUGCUUUUCACAUCAUCAGGGUAUUUUUGUUUUAUUGUAAUGACUUACUGAAAGUUUAUUUGUAUAUGGAUACAUUUACUGAUCUGUGUCUUAUAAAUGUGUCUAUUGCAAAAAUAUUGAUAUUAUAAUUGAAUAUUCUGUGCUGUUUUCCGGGUCACAAAAUUUCGCUGCAUAACUUUGGACUUCUCCUGUUCUUUGAUUUUUGAAGUCAGGAGAGACCGAGGGGGGAGGGGGGGGGGGGGAGAACAGACCUUAAGGGCAUGUAUAAAACACAUUAGACAUGAACUGUCACACAUUGACUUCUUUUUUCCCAAUGUUACCUUGUUUGAGUGACACUCUUUUUAUGAAUGCAGGAGAAGUUUUUCCAUAAUUAGAAGUGCUUUUUAAAAAGCUGUUUUUAGUUUGUAUAAAAAUCUGUGAAAUAUUUCACUUUCACAUUGUGUAAAUAACCCUUCCAGCCCAGCUGUUAUAUUAUGUAAUAUUCUUGUUUUUUAUUAUUUUUUCUAAUGUACAGUUUUGUUGUUUAUUUAUGAAAAUGGAGAACAAUAUUUUUAACUUAUUAAACAUGUUUUAUUAUUUAUUACAUCCAGAAUCUUGGUGCAUACUUUGAUAAACAAUGUCUAAACUGUAAGGAAGAAUUAUUUUGUGUUGUGACUUUAAUACUUCCUUGUAGAUAUGACUGCCAAAUGUGGCAAUUCUCCAUUCAUUUGUUAAUAACAAUGUUUUGUUUUACUUGUACAUAACAAACGAUAUUUUAUGGAAAUACAGUUUUUAUUAAAGUACUCA